AUGUCCCAGUCUACUUUACAAGCUGUGUUCCUGAUUGCAAUCGAGUUCAUAAUUCCUAUAUUAAUAGUGAUUAUGAUAGAACAUGCUAAUGUAUCAAAUUUAUUUUUAAGGAUAUUAGGGUGUGGUCCUCACUGCAGAUCUUGCAACAUUAAGAAUGGUUGUGAUGCAGCUCCUCAGCUUGAAACCGGAGGAGCUUACACUAAUUGGUACUUGGAACCAACACUUAGGAAACACCCUAAUUUCAAAUAAUCAAAGAUCUACUUUCCUGUGCCAGGCUACUUUGCUCAUGACGGAUGCAAAUCAUAUUCCAUAGAUAAAUUUAAUUGUUUAGUGUGUAAUGAUAACUAUUAUAAUUACAGAGAUGAUGGAGCCCCUUGGAUAUGCUAAACUACAUGUGUUCCAUACACAAAUUACGAUGCCAUCUAUGGAAAGUAUACUUUUGACAUCGCCAAUUGCUCAUUGACAUCUAAUGGAUAAUUAAACUCAAUAUCAGCUUGUCAUGAUGGUUAUAUUCAUUCUAGCAACCCUAAAACUUGCACAUAUACUUGUGGAAUAGGUUACGCGCCUUAUAUUGUAUACACAUAUAGAGGUACUGCCCGCUAAACUAGUUGCUAAAGAUGCGAUUCAAGUUGCUUAGAAUGCUCUAACAUUGGUUAUUAGAAUUGUAAAUCCUGUUUUAAAGGUUAAUAUUUGAAUCUGCCGGAUAGAAAUUUAUAAGUCGGUGUCUGCACAGCAAAAUCUUCAUAGUCAUUAACAGCAGAGAUAUAUGUAGGACCCGCGGGUUUAUUAAAUAAUAGGGACAGUUCUUCAAUUACCGGCUCUAGUACAAAUUACUUUAACUCUAUUUAAGAUGCAAUAAAAAAAGCGUAUGAGCUAGGAGCUGAAUAUUCCUCAGCCGAAAUUACUAUAAAAUUAAUUGAUGGCAGUCAUACUAUGGUCAGAUAUUACCCCGAGGAUAAAUAUAUGCCCACAAAAUUGGAUUAAUAUUCUAAAACAACAAAAAUUAUACUUUAACCUGCUAGUCCUAACAUUUAAUUGACAAUUAAUUACAAAUUAAGAGAUACCUUCCAUUUUCUUGUUGGAGGAGGACUCACGAUGAGAAAUUUGAUAUUUGAGGGGAUUGAUUCAACUUUAGAUUUUUUGCUUGAUUAUUACACAAAUUUGAAAUGUGCUUAAAAUUAGUUCUAGCAAUGUUGUUUUAUCGAUUCAAAUGGAAAUUUAGCAGGACAACCUUCAUGCAGAUUUCAAACAAAACCGUAAAUUUUCUAAAUUAAAUCCAUUAUUAGAACUGAGAAAUGUUAUGCAGCAGAUGGGACAAAUUUUAUUCUCUUUGAUAUGUACUCUUAAAAUAUGCUCACAACACCUCCCACAUUGGAAUUAGAGAUAAACAAAAACUAGGGUGGUUACAUUAAAAUGAAGAAUGUAGUCUUUGACAAUUUCAACACAUGUGGAGCAAUUGUUAGAAACAAGCUAAUACAUAGACCACCAACUGGGAUUGACUAUUCUAAUUAUAAAACAUUUUACUAAAGUACUCUUAACAAUGAUUAUACAACAAAAAUGAGAGAAAAAUUAGAUCUUUCAAAUCAAAAUCCCUAUAGUGCCUCUUGCAGUAAUACUUAAGCAUAAAAUUCUAAACCUUGUUUUUCACUUUCAGUAGAAGGCUCAACAUUUAAGAAUUUCGGGUCAAUGAAAGAAUCGAUGAGCUAUGGUAAUUAAGUUGAUCCAGACUAUUUGCUUCAAUAUCAAGGUUUAAUAUUUGAUUUGGAUGGCUUUAAUGGAAAUAUCAAAUUAGUAGGAAAUACAUUUGAGAAUAAUGUAAUCAAGUAUGAUUCCUGCAAAGUAGGAGAGUACUUUAAAAACAAAUAAGGAAUAUUCGAUUUUGAAUAGGACAUGUAUCCUAGUUAUGGAACUAAAACGGCAUUAUAAAUAAAAUCCUGGAUUAGUAUUGUCAAUCAUGGAGAUUGGGAAAUAGAUAUAGUUGAUAAUAAGUUCCUCAGAAAUACUGCUGUAAUGGGAUUGAUAGUUCUAUCAUUAAACUAAAAGUAUCUAAGUACUUCCAACUACUUUGAGAAGAAUUACGCUUGUUCUUAAACUGGGGGUGGAAUCAUUAGAAUGUAUUGUGUAAAUUAGAAUACAUCAAUUUCAGAUAUCAAUCUAGAUACUCCAUAUGAGGAUAUGGCUUAAGAUGUAGCAUAAAAAUACUACUAAAAUAUUAAACUGAUAACACUUCCAUUAAAGAUUAUCUAAAAGACUUACUAGAACUAUGUUUAUAAUGUACCUUAUCAGAUCAACUAAUUCUAAUCAAACACAUACAAGCAAAAUUUUGCCUCAAAUAAUAUUUCUUUGAUAAGCAUUCAAGCACUCAGAACUAUUUUUAACAAUGAAACAUUUAUUGGAAAUGGAGAGUCAAGCAUUGAGACUACAUAAUGGUUAGGAGAAAACGGAAGAUAUAUCUAAGCAUCACCAUCAUCUGAGCUUACAGCUUUUUAGUUGUCUUAAUUAGAUUCGUAAACUCAAGUAUCAUCCUUGAUUGAGUUAUUCAGACAUCAUCAAGUUCAUCUAACUUAGAGUUCAUUUGACUCAAAUUGGCAAUAUGAAUCAUAAGCAUCUUAAACUAAGGGAUAGUUAUUAACAUUAGCUUUCUUUCAGGGAUAUCUUUAUUUUGACUAAUUAACAGUUCUAAAUCAUAUAGGAAUACAAGAUAAUCCAUUAGGACCAGAAUAUCUUGGAUUUAACAUUGCUCAAAAUUACCCACAGAGAGUUGGAGCAAUAAGCCCUUUUAUAAAACUUUAAUGGCAUACAAGAAUACUUCCAAUCUUCUAUUUCAAGUUUAAUUACUAGAAUUUUUACUUCAUGAACAUAAAAUGGCAGCAUCAUCCAGAUCUCUAAUCUUAUUAAAUGCUUUUCAAUUACAGAGAUCCUAAAAUUUAGCUUUAAUACGACUAAUACAUAACUUAGACAUAGGAUUUUUAGUUGAUGCAUUCAAUUUUUGAAGAUGUUGAUUGUUAUAACUGCAAUAAUCCAAUACUAACAAUUUCAUCGGCAACUAUGUUAAUCAGAAACAUUACUUUUACAAAUGUGAAUUUUAGAGCAUAAUAGAGCUAAAUGCAAUCAAAAAAGGUUCAGUUGGAAGUUAGUUAAUUGAAGUAAUGA